UCUUAUAAAAAUUCUCUGCCACUUGGUUGCAGAUUUAGUCUGGUGUUGUUUUCGUUGAGGUGAUGUUUGACACGCUUAUGCUAAAUGAGACAUGAAAGUUUUACAACAGAGUAAGCAAAAUAAGCAAUCUGGUUAAAUGAACUUGCAUACUUGAUUUUCCAAGAUAAGAGCAAACAGAUUUGAUGUUAAUUGGACUGCAAAGAAAGGAAAACACAAUUUAGAAUUCGGAUCGCAUAAUUGUCCAUUUUCUUUGAAAUGAUUUUUAACGACUUUGGUCCCUGUGUUUUUAGUAAUACUUUCCCUCUCUGUGAUACUCUAAUAAAAUGGCUUUGCCAAUUUCAAUCUUAUUUGUCAGAUAUCAAAGUUAACUAACCAGAAUUCUGAUUAAAGUGUGUUUUACGAGUAAGAAACAGCAAGAACAUAUUAAUAGCUUGCUUUCUUGAUCAGCACUUCACAGAAGAGAUGUUAGUGUAUUUGUAAUGAGUGAUAUUAGGGAAUAUAAUAAUAUAGGUCUGCAUUGUGUGAUCUGCUUGCCCCGCUGAGGUUAUGCCACUUUCAUUUAUGAUAUACAGCGUCAGAAAUGAAAAUUUCUCUCGGACAAAUUGGCGUCCGUUGUAAUUGUUUGCGUACUCAUUUGGGAUCCUAUCCACUGUUCUGCUAUGUUUGUAUACACCAACAUGUGUGCGAAUGCCUGAUAACGAAGCCGAAGUAUAUUUUUUACAAUAUUAGAAUUUUGAAGAUUUUACAAAAUUUGAAGAUUGUGCAUCAUGGUUCAUUUGGAUGAUGGUUCCCAAUGUUAUACGAAGAAUUAGGCCGCGAAAAUUAUUGCAAAAAGUGAUUGUUACGUUUUGGGUUUCAUUAUUGCUUAUCCUCGGAAUUUAUAUGUUUGUAUCGGAAAAAGAACCACUCUUCCAAGAAAACACAAAUAUCAAUGAGAAUGAGAGAUUCUUUUAUUUCGGAUUAAAGUCCAAAUAUCGUCUUUUGCACGAAAAUCAACCACAACGGGAAGACGGUGAUAUCAUUUACCUUGACGAUGAACUAAACGAUGUCGUGGCGGACGACCAAUUACAAAUAGUGACCUCACGCCCAAUGAAGAGAUUACCAGAUGCGUUAAUUAUAGGUGUUAAGAAGUCAGGUACAAAGACGGUGUUAGAGUUCCUCAAAAUACACCCAGAUAUCUGUGCGCCUGCAAACGAAAUUCACUAUUUUACAAGAAAUUACCACAAAGGACUGGAAUGGUAUAGAAGACAGAUGCCGGUUUGUUUAGAGAAUCAAGUGACGAUUGAGAGAACCCGUGGCUACUUUGUACACGGAGAGGUUCCCCACAGGAUACACCACCAGUUUCCGAACAUUCGUCUAAUUGUAGUGGUUCGAAACCCGGUGCUGCGGACUCUGCUAGAUUAUAUCUCACAAUGUGAAAGAAAUAAAACCAAACUGUCUUUCAUGGAAGCCUUCUUUUGGAACAAUGAUACCGAUUUCCUGGAAAUGUCACGUGAUUUUAUACAGACGAGCAUUUAUGUGAAGUUUUUGGAUAAUUGGUUAAAAUAUUUCAAACUGGACCAAAUUCAGUUUGUUAACGGUGAUAAGCUUUAUAAGAAUCCUUUACAAGAGCUGAAAAAAGUGGAGAAAUUCUUAAAUCUUAGAAAUUUGAUCUCAUCGGAACAUUUUUAUUAUAAUACAUCACGUGAUACUUUAUGCAUCAAAAAGCGCGAAUGUCAAGGACGACCUCAUUGUUUUAUGGACAGCAAGCUUAAAACACAUCCGCCAGAAUACUUGAUGAAAUGCUUAAGGAACUUCUUCCAUCCAUUCAACGAGAAAUUUAACGAGAAAUCAAAACAACAUUUCAAUUGGAAUACUUAAUUGAUGGUUUCUUUAAUUUUCUUUUAACAGAGAAAAAGCAUUUCAAUUUUUAUUUACAUUGUUUUAGAUUUUGAAAAAAAAGAGAAAUAAUCUUCCUGCUUUGAAUCAUUACAAAACAAUGGAGGACUAAAAUUAUAUAUUAAAGCAUAACUCAUCAGAAGAAAGUUUAAAAUUUCUUCCGUAUCUUAAACUUGGCAUAAAUAUCAAACAAACAUGAGAAAUAAAAAUAAAUGAGAUUGUUUAAGGGUAACUGUUCUCUGACAGAAAGCUAUUUUUGAGCUUCCUCGUCUGAUUUUGGCAGUGGUACUGACACGGAAGCGCUUUUGAUAUUGGUUACAGUAACAGCUUACGCCAGGGAUCAUUUACUGUCUAACGUACACACCACUUUACCUUUGAUGUUUACAAUAAAUACAUGUAGUAGUAUAUCAGGUAUAAUUAUCUGAUGUGCUUAUCCUUCUCUUGUGGAUAAUUUCCUUUAUUUCUCAAUUUUGUCAUUUUUAGGUCACCUGAGUCGAAGGCUUAAGUGAGCUUUUCUGAUCAAAAUUUGUCCGUUGUCUGUUGUCGUCGUAAACUUUUCACAUUUUCAUCUUCUUCUCAAGGACCACUGGGCAAAUUUCAGCCAUUGCCACGUAGUAUCCUUGGGUGAAGAGGAUUCAAGUUUUUUCAUAUGAAGGGCCACGCCCUUAUUCAAGGGGAGAUUAUUAUGAAUUAGCGAAAAAUUAAUGGCAUCUUUUAAAAAUCUUCUCAAGAACCACAGGGCCAGGAAAGAUGAAACUUAUUUGGAAGCAUCCUCAGGUAGUGCAGAUUCGAGUUUGUUCAAUAAUGACCCCCAGGGGUAGGGCGGGGCCACAAUGGCUCAUCAAAUUUUUACAUAGGAAUGUAUAGGGAAAAUCUUGAAAACUCUUCUAAACUGAUUUUUGCUUUUUUCCUAACUACAGACUCAGUUGAGCGAUGUGGUCCCUGGGCCUCUUGUUUUGCAUUGUUUUAAGCAACAUACCCGGGUAUAAGUGCAUAUCUAUGUUUUCCUUUCCUUUUGU